GCUUCCUGCUCCCUUCCACCUUUUCUUUAAGAGCUCCUGUAAGCUAAUUGAUGGUGACCUCUUCAGAGAGUUAAAAGAACAAGCCUGGGGAGUUUGCCAUCAAGUUGCACAUCUUACCACUGGUAUUGAGUGAGAGAUUAAUCAGACCAGCAGUUUUUGUUCCUAAAUGCUGAACCACCUAAAGGAAAUUGGAUCUUGUUAUGUGAAGCUUCAAAGGGCCUAGUCAUUAGCUGCUGCUAGAUAGGAAGUGCUCGUGGAACACUCUGCUUGAGGGAUUUUAAUGGCUUUCAGGUAGAAUCCAAGUGGAGACAAUCAAAAUGAAUUCUAUGGACAGGCACAUACAGCAGACCAACGAUCGGCUGCAGUGCAUAAAACAGCACUUACAGAAUCCUGCCAACUUCCACAAUGCAGCUACAGAACUCCUGGAUUGGUGUGGUGAUCCAAGAGCGUUCCAGAGGCCCUUCGAACAGAGUCUGAUGGGCUGUUUGACGGUUGUUAGCAGAGUGGCAGCACAGCAGGGCUUUGACCUGGACCUUGGAUACAGGCUGCUGGCCGUUUGUGCAGCCAACAGAGACAAGUUCACGCCAAAAUCAGCUGCGCUGCUCUCGUCGUGGUGUGAGGAGCUGGGACGACUCUUGCUGCUGCGUCACCAGAAAAGUCGGCAAAACGACCCUCCUGGGAAGCUCCCCAUGCAGCCGCCCAUGAGCUCCAUGAAACCCUCCCUUUCACACAGGUGCAUAUGUGACGGCUGCCAUCUUGACAGACCCCAGAGAUUGAAACGGGGACCUCCAGAGCUGAAAGCUGAUGGGACUUUCCCGUAUGAUUCUGUUCCUUGGCAGCAAAACACCAACCAACCACCAGGCUCCCUGUCAGUGGUCACUACAGUAUGGGGUGUGACUAACACCUCCCAGAGCCAGGUGCUGGGAAAUCCUAUGGCAAAUGCUAACAAUCCUAUGAACCCAGGAGGAAAUCCCAUGGCUUCUGGGAUGACUACCAGCAAUCCUGGCAUGAAUUCACCUCAGUUUGCUGGGCAGCAACAGCAGUUCUCGGCCAAGGCAGGCUCUAAUCAGCCGUAUAUCCAACAGGGCAUGUAUGGGCGGCCCAACUACCCAGGGAGUGGAGGCUUUGGGGGAAGCUACCCAGGAGGUCCUAAUAAUCCUGCAGGAAUGGGGAUGCCGCCCCACACCAGGCCGCCUGCUGAUUUCACUCAACCAGCUGCUGCUGCUGCCGCUGCUGCAGUUGCGGCAGCGGCAGCUACAGCCACAGCUACCGCCACAGCAACAGUUGCAGCCCUUCAGGAAACACAGAACAAGGAAAUGAAUCAGUAUGGACCGGUUUGUUCCUCUUUCCAGAUGGGUCCAACUCAGGCUUACAACAGCCAGUUCAUGAACCAGCCUGGCCCCCGUGGCCCGGCUUCCAUGCCAGGCAGCAUGAACCCUGGCAGCAUGGGAGCGGGCAUGACGCCUUCCAGUAUGAGUGGGCCACCUAUGGGCAUGAACCAGCCCAGGCCGCCUGGAAUGAAUCCCUUCAACCACGGGCAAAGGAUGCCACAGCAAGCCUACCCUGGCCCGCGUCCCCAGUCGUUGCCUAUGCAGGGCAUGAAGAGACCGUAUCCAGGAGAGCCAAACUAUGGAAACCAGCAGUAUGGACCAAAUAGCCAGUUUCCAUCCCAGCCUGGUCAGUACCCAGCUCCCAACCCUCCCAGACCCCUGACAUCUCCCAACUACCCUGGACAAAGGAUGCCAAACCAGCAAAACACAGGGCAAUAUCCUCCUCCAACGGUCAACAUGGGACAGUAUUACAAGCCAUCCAGGCCUGUUCCUGUGGCGAAUUACCCUCACUCACCUGUUCCAGGAAACCCCACGCCACCUAUGACUCCAGGGAGCAAUAUUCCUCCAUACCUGUCCCCUAAUCAAGAUGUCAAACCGCCAUUCCCACCUGACAUUAAACCAAAUAUCAAUGCUUUACCACCACCUCCAAAUGCUAAAGGGAAAGUUCACGCUUUCUCUCCCUCUUCGAUCCCAGCCAACCAUAACGAUGAACUGCGCUUGACGUUCCCUGUGAGAGACGGGGUCGUAUUAGAGCCCUUCCGGCUGGAACACAAUUUGGCGGUCAGCAACCAUGUCUUUCACCUACGGCCCACGGUGCAUCAGACGCUAAUGUGGAGGUCAGACUUGGAGUUACAGUUCAAGUGCUAUCACCAUGAAGACAGACAGAUGAACACCAACUGGCCAGCAUCAGUCCAGGUCAGCGUCAACGCAACUCCGCUUACCAUUGAACGUGGCGACAACAAGACAUCGCAUAAACCCCUGCAUCUAAAGCACGUCUGUCAGCCAGGAAGAAACACCAUUCAAAUUACCGUCACAGCAUGCUGUUGUUCACAUUUGUUCGUACUGCAGCUAGUACACCGGCCAUCAGUGCGCUCUGUACUUCAGGGCUUACUAAAGAAACGCCUCCUUCCAGCCGAGCACUGUAUUACUAAAAUCAAGAGGAAUUUUAGCAGCGUGGCAGCCUCCUCUGGCAAUGCAACUCUUAAUGGUGAGGACGGAGUGGAGCAGACAGCUAUCAAAGUGUCCCUGAAGUGUCCGAUCACAUUCCGGCGGAUCCAGCUUCCGGCAAGAGGCCAUGACUGCAAACAUGUACAGUGCUUUGAUCUGGAAUCCUACUUGCAGCUGAACUGUGAACGAGGGACAUGGAGGUGUCCUGUAUGCAAUAAAACAGCUCUGCUGGAGGGCCUGGAGGUUGACCAGUAUAUGUGGGGCAUUUUGAAUGCUAUACAAAACUCGGAGUUUGAAGAAGUCACAAUCGACCCAACGUGCAGCUGGAGGCCUGUCCCAAUCAAGUCAGACAUUCACAUCAAAGAUGAUCCAGACGGCAUGCCUUCCAAGAGGUUUAAAACCAUGAGUCCCAGCCAGAUGAUCAUGCCUAAUGUGAUGGAGAUGAUUGCAGCUUUGGGUCCAGGCCCAUCACCUUACCCCUCAAUUCCACCUCCACCCGGCGGCAACAAUUCCAAUGAAUACAGUAACCAAGGUAACAGUUACCAAGGUCACAGCAAUUUUGAUUUUCCACACGGGAAUCCUGGUGGAACUUCUAUGAAUGACUUCAUGCAUGGGCCUCCUCAGUUGUCACACCCUCCAGACAUGCCCAGUAACAUGGCAGCUCUUGACAAACCUCUAAGUCACCCCAUGCAGGACCCUAUCCCUCAUCCCGGCAGCACUGAUCAGUCCCAUAGUUCCAUGCAGCAAGGUUUGCACGUACCUCAUCCCAGCAGCCAGUCAGGGCAGCCAUUACAUCACAGCGGUCCUCCUACCCAGCCGUCCCGGCAGCCGCCACAGGCCGCUCCUAGCAACCAUCCACACAAUGACCUGGCCUUUAACCCCUCCUCAGCCUUAGAAGGUCAGACUGGUGGGCAGGGGACAUCUGAUAUGCCGGAGCCUUCGCUGGAUCUGCUUCCAGAACUCACGAAUCCAGAUGAGCUACUUUCAUACUUGGAUCCUCCUGACUUACCAAGCAAUAGCAAUGAUGACCUUCUUUCUCUUUUUGAGAACAACUGAAGCCUUCUGUGUUUUGUCCCCAACACCUCACACUUGUUUGACAAGUCUGUAGCUUCACGGUGAGGAAUCCCAAGCCACCCUUUUUUCACAAGGACAAACUCAAAACUUAAGCAAAUGGUGCACACUCCCUACUUAACUUCAUCUCAGAACUGCUUGAGUCAAGCUUCAUCAACUGCGGUGGGGAAAAGCAAGAGGACAAUAAGGUGGUGACCUCACAGAUUGCCACUCUACUUCACUGAUCGAUUGUGCAGCUGUGGAAAACCUCACUUGUUAAUUAUGCAGAGCGAUAAAAGAGUUUUGAGAUAUGCCUAGUGAGAAGCAGCCCAGUAGAAACCAGUCUCAGCAAGGGAAGAAAGGCAACAGAACUAUGCUAAGCGACCAGUUUCAGAAAGUCCUUCCAACUUGUGUUCUUCCAUUAGCUCUCUCUCCCUCCUGCCCUAAUGCUAUAUUGUCUGUUCCACUGUGUUCCUUCCCUCCCUAUCCCAGUACACUUCUGUCGGACACAAUAAGGACAAAACUUAUUGGGCAGCACAUUUAGAUUAGCCAAACAAACUCAGAAACAUAAAACAAAUACCAAAAAGCACAAAAAA